UUGUACGCUUCAGAUUUUGUUACCUAUGUACCAAGUACAAAUCAUCUCAACCACAGCACCUACGAGCCUCACAACUGCACAUCUCAUUAUACCAGCAUGGCAUCUAAUACCUUAGACGACCUGCUCAAUACCAUACAAAGGAAUUGGAGCUAUCUGAGCUCCCAGGCCACACCUCUCAACCUUGCGAUGACACUGGUCGCUCUUCUUAUAUCCUUGCUGUCCGCCUACAUUCUCGCAGUUUCCCAACAGGAAACUCCUCCUGCUGCGCCAUCUGGAUGCCGUAAUAUUGGGCUACAAGGUCGCAGCAACCUUCAUGAUCAAUACUCGAAACAAUAUUCUUCUGGAACCGGCACAUCGGCAUCGACAUCAUGGACUGUAAAGGCUAUGUUUAUCUAUCCGAUCAAAUCAUGUGGCCCAGUGGAACUGGCAAAGUCAAAUGUAACCACCUCAGGGCUUCGUUAUGACCGACAAUUCACUCUUGCCCAGCAGAGCACUAGUCUUCCCACUUUGGAGGGCAAGGUGACUAGCGAGUGGAAAUUUAUAACUCAGCGGGCGUUUCCUCGGCUUGCAAAAGUAGAGACUCAAGUAUGGACUCCGGAUCCCUCUGCACCCGGCUAUAAUAAAGAUGGGGAAUGGGUCAAAAGUCAGGGCUGUGUGGUCGUGCGGUUUCCAUUCACUCCGGACACCGAGUUUAGCAUUCAAGGCCUCAGGAAUCUUGGAAAGAUACUUGCAGCCAAGUUGGAGGGCAAAAGUGAACCUAUGAUAGAAUUCAGACUGCCCUUCAACCCGAACGCAGAGCGGAUGCGUGAAAAGCAAUACAGGAAAGAGAGAAUGGCGAUUUGGAAAGAUCAUCCCAUGGCCCUCAAUAUGGGCUGUGAAAUACCAGAAGAAACCCUCGCCCAGUUGAAGUAUACACUAGGUGUCACGAACCCUUUGACACUGUUCCGGAUCGACGAAGAGGGACGUAGAGAAGUAUUACGCUGUGCGCCCAAGAAGGAAGAAGUCGGAUUUCAAACUACCAUCGGUAUGGCAGACAGCUACCCCAUGCAUAUUCUGAAUUUAGCGUCACUACAUGAUGUGGCAUCUCGUCUCCCAUCUAAAUCGUCCAUCUCUCGCCUCUCUGCCCUUCGUUUCCGGCCAAAUCUGUUAAUCACUGGUCCACCUGCUUUCGAUGAAGACGAUUGGAAACAAGCGCGCAUUGGCCAAAUCAUGCAUCACAUCUCGUGCCGUACAACACGAUGCAAAUUACCAAAUGUCAAUCCUGAGACGGCCACUGCAAACCGCAAUGAGCCAAGCACCACUUUGUUAAAGUAUCGAGUGAUUGACAAGGGAAGUAAGAAUGCGUGUUUGGGCAUGCAGGUCACUCCACUCGAGAAAGGCGAGGUUCAAAUCGGCGACGUCGUGGAGGUUACAGAGAGAGGAGAGCACUUUUCUUUGUAAGAUC